UGAACUUUUAUAAAAAUAUUUAGAAUGGGAGGCCUAAAUACCUCGCAAUAAAAUGUGCAUUUUACUAGGCUGGAACGCAGUCCACGUGUUUUGCUUUCUUAUACAUGUUGGCAGACAAGUCACCGAUUGUUAAAAUAUACAAUAUAUAUUUAAACCAGUUAAGGCCUUAGUACAAUUGGGAAUCAGGAACUUGUGUUCAUGGCGGCUUCGGCAGCAGCGUUUACGGCCUGUAAUAAAUCAUCUCCGUCAAUUAUAUCACGGACAUCUUUCACGAGGAAUUUCAAUCACCUGUAUCUUACCAAGAAGAAUUCCAAAUUACCUCACUUAACCCAUGCUACAGCUGCCCGUCGUAGAUUGUCCGUCAAUUGUCGCAGAGCAGAUAAAGAUGGCGAUUCUUCAGGUGAAGAGCCACCAGAGUCCUUGUUUAUGAAAGAGCUGAAGCGGCGUGGAAUGACUCCAGCAUCGUUACUGGAAGAGGAUGAUAAAAUUCCAUAUGGGCUAGGCAACAAAGAGACAAAGACAAGAGAAGAGGGCAGUGAUAGUUUUGAAAACAGAAAAGACAUAGGAACUGUUACAGGGACCAAUGAUUGGGGCCAGUUUAACCAGAGAGCACGUUCGAUGGCCCUCAACAGUGAAGGUCUUGAAGGAUUGAUCCCCAGAGCUAAGGUACUUUUGACACUUGGUGCGACAUUCUUCUUCUUCUUCUGGCCACUUAUUCUAACAACAGUGGCAUUUUUUUCAGCAGUAUACAUAUAUUUUGGACCAACCUUCAUACAUGCUGGCAACAAACAAGUGGCAGCUCCUACCUACAUUGACCCAUAUAAACUUUUGGAGGAUGAAGAGAGAUUAAGUCAAUCUAUUUUACCACGUGCUCCAUUCACCUCAUCUCAAUAAUUGAUGAUGCUCUUCCUCAAUGCUAAGCAGUAGAAGUGACCUAAUCAACCUAUAUAUGUCUAAUCAUGGGAAUAUCUAGAUUCGACUGUGUAUCAAGAAUAUCUCGUAUUCCAAUGCCAUUAGAGGUGCCGAUAGACAAAAUUCCUAUUUGGAAUAUUUUAUCAAUUCAUCCUUGCUGAUGGUAAUUUACCUUUCAAACCCUUUGGUUACAUGGCAUUGAAUAAUUCAUAAUUUUUAUCUGGCAAAGAUGAAAGGUGAUUAAAAAUGCCGUCAGAAAUCAAGCACAAUCAUGGGUUUUCAUUAUUAAUUGUAAUGUGAAGUACCUUAAAAUAGUUUGUUAAUAUACCUUUAAGUUGCUGUAUUAGAUGGUAUUUGUCAUGCAUGUUGAAAUCCAGGAAUUUUGGAAUUUUGACAAUUGAAACGGGAGUCUUAUGUUGUCUCCUACCGAAGUACUGAUCAUAAGAAGUGCACAUAAACUGUAAACAUAUGAUAAAACAUUUGUACAUUAAACACAUCAAAUUGAUUUCCAAACCUUUAAAAUUUAUUUAA